GCACCACACACAGUUUCAGUUUUGGCAGCAGUAUCCAGUGUCCUGCCGGAGGCUUCUAGAAAGGCAAGGGUUGCGGACUGGUCAGCAGGCUGUGCCCAAGAAACUGACAGGAUAGAAGGAAGUGGCUAAAACAACCACGCAAGAAGGCGGUCUGGGUGGCACAGCCCCACGGGAGCCACCAGCGAUGUCGCUCCUCUUCUUCACCUGCCUGCUGGCUGUCUUCCCAGUGGUCUCCAUGAAGAGUCCCAUAUUCGGUCCCCAGGAGGUGAGCAGCGUGGAAGGCAGCUCCGUGUCCAUCAAGUGCUACUACCCGGCCACCUCCGUCAACCGGCAUACCCGGAAGUACUGGUGCCGGCAGGGAGCCAGGGGCCGCUGCACUACCCUCAUCUCCUCAGAGGGCUACGUCUCCAAGGACUAUGAGGGCAGGGCCAACCUCACCAACUUCCCAGAGAGCGGCACAUUUGUGACGAACAUCAGCCAUCUCACUCGGAAUGACUCGGGGCUCUACAAGUGUGGUCUGGGCAUUAGCAGCCGAGGCCUGUCCUUUGAUGUGAGCCUGGAAGUCAGUCAAGUUCCUGGGCAGAUAAAUGGCGGCCACGUCUACACAGCAGACCUGGGCAGAACAGUGACCAUCAACUGCCCUUUCAAGGCUGUGAAUUCUGAGAAGAGGAAAUCUUUGUGCAAGAAGACAGGCCAGGACUGCAUGCUAGUCAUCGACUCCACUGGGUAUAUGAGCCCCAGCUACAGCAACAGAGUACGUCUCUCUAUUCAGGGUACCAGCCAAUUAGUGUUUAGCGUUGUCAUCAACCGAAUCCAGCUCAGCGAUGCUGGGAUGUAUGUCUGCCAGGCUGGGGAUGAUGCCAGCGCCGAUAAGAGCAAUGCUGACCUCCAAGUGCUGAAGCCCGAGACUGAGCUGAUUUAUGGAGACCUGAGGGGCUCGGUGACCUUUGACUGUGCCCUGGGCCCAGAGAUGGCAAAAGAGGCCAAAUUUCUGUGCCAGCUAAAAAAUGGGGAAGCUUGCAAUGUGAUCAUCAACACGCUGGGGAAGAAGGCUCAGGACUUUGAGGGCAGGAUCCUGUUGACUCCCAAGGAUAAUGGUUUCUUCAGUGUGCACGUCACCAGCCUGAGGAAAGAGGAUGCGGGGCUCUACCUGUGUGGAGCCAACUCUGAUGGGGAGCCUCAGGAAGGCUGGCCCACCCAGGCUUGGCAACUCUUCGUCAAUGAAGAGACCGCGAUUCCCCCAAGUCGGUCUGUGGUGAAAGGAGUGGUGGGAAGCUCCGUGGCCGUGUCCUGCGCCUACAACCCGAAGGAAACAGACAGCCUGAAGUACUGGUGUCACUGGGAAGAGGCUGAAAAUGGCCGCUGCCCGCAGCUGGUGCAGAGCGAGGGGCUGGUCAAGGAGCAGUACGAGGGCAGGCUCGCACUGUACGAGGAGCCAGGCAAUGGCACCUACACCGUCAUCCUCAACCAGCUCACCCCCCAGGACGCCGGCUUCUACUGGUGUUUGACCAACGGCGAUACUCGCUGGAGGUCCAUGGUGGAGCUCAAGAUUGUAGAAGGAGAACCAAGCCUCAAGGUACCCAAGAGUGUCAAGGCUUGGCUGGGAGAGACCCUCAAGGUCUCCUGCCACUUCCCCUGCAAAUACUACUCCUACGAGAAGUACUGGUGUAAGUGGAGCAACAGAGGCUGCAGGGCCCUGCCCAGCCAGGACGAAGGCCCCAGCCAGGCCUUUGUGAACUGCGACCAGAAGAGCCAGAUCGUCUCCCUGAACCUGAACUCCGUCACCAGCGAGGACGAAGGCUGGUACUGGUGCGGAGUGAAGGAGGGCCACCAAUACGGAGAGACCAUGGCUGUCUAUGUGGCGGUAGAGAAGAGGGUGAAGGGAUCCCAAGAUGCCAGUGGAGUGAAUGCUGCUCCUGGUGAGGAGGCGAUAGAGCCGAGGGCCAGGGAGACUGAGAACAAAGUCCUUCUGGGUCCCAGCCUUUUUGCAGAGGAAAGAGCAGGGAAGGAUACUGAAGAUCGAGCUGGUGGGAGCGGAGCAUCCGCAGAUCCCGGCAGCUCUGCAGGACAAGGUGGGGGCUCCAAAGCGCUGGUCUCCACCCUGGUGCCCCUGGCCCUGGUGCUGGCUGCAGGGGCCGUGGCGAUUGGGGUGGUCAGAGCCCGACACAGGAAGAAUGUCGACCGGAUUUCAAUCAGAAGCUACAGGACAGACAUUAGCAUGUCAGACUUCGAGAACUCCAGGGAUUUUGGAGCCCAUGACAACAUGGGAGCCUCUCCAGACACUCAGGAGACAACUCUCGAAGGAAAAGACGAGUUCGCCACCACUACCGAGGAUGCCAUGGAGAAGGAAGAACCCAAGAAGGCGAAAAGGUCAUCCAAGGAGGAAGCCGACAUGGCCUACACCGCCUUCCUGCUCCAGACCAACAACAUAGCCGCUGCCACCCAGGACGGCCCCGGAGAAGCCUAGACAGAGCCCUGGCUGCACUCAUCCCUCCGCACGUGGCAAUCACGUUCCGAAUCACGUUGAUCCUCAGGGCCCUCAGCUCCAGGGCUCCACUCCCUGCACUCACACCCCACCUAGGCUUUUCCUACCUGUCCUCAGAGGGUAUGUUGGUCCCUUCUCGGUGGCAUCCAAGCCUGGCUUACUUGUUCCUGUUGGGGGUGAGGUGACGUGAGGCAUUCCCACCUACAGCUUAUUCCUAAUGAAAGAACUAAGGUGUGGGAGGAGAAUUAAGAUCUAAGGGGACCUCUCAGAAAGAAAAGGGACCACAGUGGGUGGGGAGACAAUUUCAGAAAGCCAUUCAGGGCUUCUCUGCACCCUUGUUUGGGGAUGUCAGUGGGAUUCUCCCUUCCACUCCAUCCCUGAAUCUCCCAAUCCCCCACUCCCUUCCAUCUUCUCUUCUUCUUUCCCUCAUUAAAAAUACGCAUUUGGAUACUCACUAGAUUCCAGGCGCUCUGCUAGACACCGGGACAGAUAGGCCACAAACCCGGCUAGCAACCUUUCUAAAAACAUCACUGAAUCCCUGGAAGCCACAGCACUCUGUGUAUUUACACUCACUAAAAUCCUCAUCAGGUAUUCUCACCUCUGCCUAUACUGGGAGAAAUCAUAAAAUGUCUGGAGUCCUGAGGCCUUAGGGAUUGUGUAACACGGGCAUACAUACAAGGAAUCAAAAACACAUUCUUACCAUUUUACAGGUGAGAAAAUUGAGGUCCUAAGAGGUGAAGAAGUUUGUCCAAAGGCAGCAAAUGAGAUACACUAGUGUCAAAGCUAGAUUUCGCAUCUCCUGUCUCCAUAUAAGAGCCUCCGCUCUCCUGAUGGAGACAGAAUUUUACAGUAAGGAGAAGGAGGGGGAGGAGAAAAAUGUAAAUAGAGACUGGUCUUUCACAAGCCCCACCUCAGGGAAGACACCCCUUUCCCUUUCUGUCACUCAUAGAGACCUAAUAGGGUAAGAGAACGGUCAAACACUCAUAACCCCUGUAUUUGAAGAGUUCUGAGUGAAAGGGGAGAAAAGAGGGGGUUUGAUGGUGCCAAGGAGGGGCUGAUCUCCGAAGAGCUAAGGUUUUAAGGUCUUUUUCCCUCUAAGCUCUGUACUUCAACUAGCACCUACGAGCUGGCACUUGCUAACAAAUCAAAAAUGUGAAUUAAUUAAUAAUUAAAGACAGUGAUUGCCACCAA